AUGCCCAACAACAGCUCCAUGGACCAGUUCCUGCUCCUGGCAUUGGCAGACAGGCGGGAGCUGCAGCUCCUGCACUUCUGGCUCUUCCUGGCCAUCUCCCUGGCUGCCCUCCUGGCCAACGGCCUCAUCCUCAGCGCCGUAGCCUGCGACCACCACUUGCACACCCCCAUGGGCUUCUUCCUGCUCAACCUCUCCCUCACAGACCUGGGCUGCAUCUGCACCACUGUCCCCAAAGCCAUGCACAAUUCCCUCCAGAACAACACAACCAUCUCCUACACGGGAUGUGCUGCACAGCUCUUUUUCUUUACCUUUUUUAUGUCAGCAGAGUUUUCCCUCCUCACCAUCAUGUGCUACGACCGCUACGUUGCCAUCUGCAAACCCCUGCACUACGGGACCCUCCUGGGCAGCAGAGCUUGUGCCCACAUGGCAGCAGCUGCCUGGGCCACUGGCUUUCUCAAUGCUCUGCUGCACACAGCCAAUACAUUUUCCCUGCCCCUGUGCCAGGGCAAUGCCCUGGGCCAGUUCUUCUGUGAAAUCCCACACAUCCUCAAGCUCUCCUGCUCACACUCCAACCUCAGGGAAGUUUGGCUUCUUGUGGUUAGUUGCUGUUUAGGGUUUGGUUGUUUCAUUUUCAUUGUUUUCUCCUAUGUGCAGAUCUUCAGGGCUGUGCUGAGGAUCCCCUCUCAGCAGGGACGGCACAAAGCCUUUUCCACGUGCCUCCCUCACCUGGUCGUGGUCUCCCUGUUCCUCAGCACUGGCAUGUUUUCCCACCUGAAGCCCCCCUCCAUCUCCUCCCCAUCCCUGGAUCUGGCCCUGUCAGUUCUGUACUCGGUGGUGCCUCCAGCACUGAACCCCCUCAUCUACAGCCUGAGGAACCAGGAGCUCAAGGAUGCCAUGAGGAAACUGGUGACUGGAUUUAGAGGCGGCAGCGCAGGCCCGAGGCGGUGCCGGGUCCCGGUGCAGCCGGGGCAGAGCGGCGGCUGCGCGAGCGGCAACCCCGGCGGUGAGUGCGGCAGCCCCGUGGCAGCGGCGGCUCCGGGCACAGAGGCCGGCGGCAGCCGCUGUGGCGGCGGAGCAGCGACUCCGAGGCGCUGCAGGAGCGCCGGCUCCGCUCGCAGGCGCCGGCAGUGUUGGGAAGCCGGGGCCGGGCGGCUGCGGGGCAGCGCAGGCCAAAAGCGGCAGCGGCGGCAGCCUCGUGGCAGCGGCGGCUCCGGGCAGACACGGCCCCGCUCCAGCGCUGCCGCCUCAGCCGCGCUCAGGGGACGGCGCGGCGGCUCCGGGGGCAGCGGCCGGGGACUCCCUCUCGGGGCAGCCCCGGCCACCAAAGAGGACCAGGGCCCGCCGUGUUCGCAGCUCGCUUCUCUGCAGUUCUCACGGCAUCGGAGCACAGCAGGGGAUGGGGAAAUUGAGCUCAACCACAACAGGAGCUCAUGGAACCGAGUGGCCAUUGGGACACUGCAGGGCCUGCUGGAAUCCAGGGGCCGGUGGGACACUGGGGAACCUCUUGGAGCCAAGGGAACCCUGGGAUAUUUUGGAAUAUCGUGGAAUCAAGGAGCCAUUGUGACACUGCAGGGCCUCAAGGAACCAAAGUAUCCAGGAGACUCUUUGGAAUGUCAAGGAAUCAAGGGGUCAUUGUGA